CCCGUUGAAAAACAAAGAUGGCCAUUUAAUUUUUAUUUUAUUUAUUUAUUUAUUUUUAAUUUUUACCUUGCUUAGUAUUUCCGUGAUGUGUUUUUUUGGCAAGAGUCAUCCGCUGAAACCUUUUGCCGUCCUCGGACUACAAACCAAGCGGUUGUGACGUCAUCUCCUGAAGCCUCCCUUUCAAAACUGUUGGCGGUGAAACAAGCUGACUGCUGUGUUCACUACAAUGGCUCCUCAAAAAAUUGUUAUUAAGUGUGGGAACUUUGCCGUGCUGGUGGAUCUCCACGUUCUGCCCCUGGGCGGCCGAGAGGACGCCAGCUGGUUUACUACGGACCACAUCGAGGACGUCACAGCCCUAGUUCGAGAUUCCGUGGACCAGAGGGUUAAGCAGUACUCCGAGUCCCUCCACAAUAGAAGACAGCCCAUACAGAAGAAGGACCUGGCACCUGCUUCAGCCUUUUUUGUGAAAGGCAAAAGCUUCAAUUUGGUCGCCAAUUUUAUGAAGCGACACAUGAAUCUCAGAUGUAUCGUCAAGCAGCUCCAUGGAGAUUUGCGUGUAUUUCCUGAACGCUAUGUUGUGUGUGUGAGCUGUCCAGAAGACGCCUCAGCACACCAUGGAAAUCCGAGCCCUGCCGCGACUGAGCUGAGCGAACAAAGCCGAUCGGAAUAUUUUUCCAGAGUGGGAGAAACCCAAGAGCCUUUAAACAGCCCCACAAAAACAAAGAAGACUGUGCUUCAAAAGCUAGCCAAACAAGCUAGUGUCCAGCGAGAGCGCUGUGGCUCCAGUACGGGGGAACAGCAGAUUGACCAGGGAGUCUGUCCCAGAAAUCAAACAGGGGAACUUGGAGCAGGAGAGUUAAAAGAGACUGGGUCUAGCUCUGGACAGCAGGCCCUCCCAGAAGCAGACCACAAGGUGCCUUUCCCCAGAGCCUUAAAUGAAGCUUCAAUUGUGACUACUCGAAAGCAGGGCCUGACCCCGGAGCAGCAGGCUGAGAAAAGUCCUCCAGACAGCUUCGACCCAAAUCGGGCCUCAGCAGUUUUCUGCCAACAUGAAAUCAGUCAGGAGACCAGCAAGAGGUGCAAGCCGAGCGAUGUAGGGGAAGACCCUCACCCACAGAGGGCCAAGAGGACGUGCCUUGGAAGACCUCCAGCCACAAUGCAAACUCACUCCACCAAGAGCUCCACACAAACAUCCAAGCAUGACCCUCUUCCUCUGCCGCCCGUUCCUCCAGCCGAAGCCAAGGCAGAGUCCAAGGCUUUCCCAGUCUCCGAGUGCAAGAAAACCACACUGGAAGUAGAGCUGCUUACUCUAGGGAAACGGGCCCAGAGGCUCCCCCUCACAAGCAAUAACACGGCACAGACAAACCAAAACAGGCUGGCCGCAAGUCUGAGGGGCCUAUCUGUCAAGCCUGCAUCCUCAGGCUCCUCUAUUAGUUCCAGAUCCACACUCACAGAGGAGGGGAGUGAAAAUGUGCCCAGAACCUCUAGAUUACGACGACUGAAGAGGUCCUGAGGGGGGAAGAGACGAGCUACAGUAAAGAUGCUUGACGCCACGGAGAUAGAGAUGAUAUUGUGUCAGGCUACAUGUUUACCCCAUGCAGUCUCCUCAGAUGACAUGCAUUUGUACACGUGUCACGUUUUAUUACAAUCCCCAUUCUUUUCACAUGUGCUGCACACACCCACACAGAUGAAAUGCUGAACAUUUUAUGGCAAUUACACGAGCUAUACACGAGCGUUUUGUCAAAUACUUGAAACAGACGUUUGCCUCCACCCAUAAGUAGUGGUGGUCAAGAGAGGCUCGCAAAUGAAAGUCAAAAACCUUUAAUUGGAGUUUAGAUUUGGUUUUGUGUUAAAGAUUGGGGAUUUCAGACAGGCAGGAGCCAUGUAGUACGUCAUGGCUCUGAGUCUGAAACACUGGCUCCUACGUGUCUGAAAACUGUCCAGUUUCCCCGCUGAAGCUCUGCUGUGAUUGAUUGCUGUUUCCAAAUUUAUUUCAUCACCCCAUUCUCAAAAAUGCACAAACGUAGUUAGAUUUCAUUCAUAUACAGUUUGCUCAGUACCUGAAAUGUAUCUUUAAAUUUGAGGGUUUUAUGCAGCUUUUAUCUUGAACUUGAACCAAAUGUGUGGGUGUUUUGAGCAGUAUUGAAAUAUUAGUGGUUUUGCUUGGGAACAGCAGGACUUCUACAGUGUCACAGGUUAAAAUGCGGCUGCUGUCGUCGCCCCAACGCUCGGCGGGGCUGUUCAUAUCACCAUAUUGGCCCUGGACCAGAGGGAACAUGAUUUUACUGAUUUUAUUUUACUGGAAAUACAUUUUAUGACAUAAAUAAAAUUUGUUUUUCCCUAGAGGAAAAAAAAUAA